AUGGCUGGAGGUGCAGCCGGGGGUUUCGUAACUCGUGCAUUCGAGUCGAUGCUCAAAGAGUGUUCCGGUAGGAAGCAUUCUGAUCUACAGAAGGCUAUUUGGACUUAUAUAGAUAUCACGAAAGAAGCUAACCAGAGACAGCAGGCCCAUUUAAGUGAGGUCAAUCAAGCAGGACCGUCAGCGGACGCUGGGGGUACACCCAAAAGUGAAGGCGGAGCUGCAACCACAUCAGAAGCAGGUCAGCCACAGAAGGGUGAACAUAUUUCUGGAGAGGCAGAGAAUAGUAGCAGGCCCAAGAGUGGAAAUAUUAGUACGGCAUUAGCUAAUGCUGGGCAAAGUCUUGAAGAAGCUGAUGCGGAGCUUGUUUUGAGUCCCCUUCGGCUUGCAUUUGAGACAAAGAAAUUGAAAAUCCUAGAACCUGCUUUAGACUGUCUUCAUAAACUUAUUGCUUACAAUCAUUUGGAGGGAGAUCCUGGGCUGGAUGAUACUAAAAAUUCCACACUGUUUGCAAACAUUCUAAACAUGGUUUGCAGUUGUAUUGACAAUUCAUCUCCAGACAGUACUAUUCUCCAAGUGCUGAAAGUACUUCUAACUGCUGUGGCUUCCACAAAGUUCAGAGUGCAUGGUGAACCUUUGCUGGGAAUUGUCAAGGUAUGCUACAAUAUUGCACUAAACAGGAGUCCUAUAAACCAAGCAACAUCAAAGGCAAUGUUGACACAGAUGAUCAGCAUUAUUUUCAGAAGAAUGGAAACUGAUCUGGAUGAAACUCCACCUGGUUCUGGUGGACAUACAGAGGCAGCUUCAGAAACAGAGAAUUUGAACACAAAAUCUACGGAAACCUCCGCAGAUAGUUUAGACGAGAAACAAAUUACUUCAGGUGAUGCUCUCAACCAAGUCAAGUAUGCAUUUGUAACAACUCUUGAGGAACUUCAAAAUCUUGCCGGUGGUUCUGAUAUCAAGGGCUUAGAGGCCGUGCUUGACAAGGCUGUGCACACUGAAGAUGGCAAACAGAUAGCACGAGGGAUUGAUUUGGAAAGCAUGAGAAUAGUGCAACGUGAUGCUUUGUUGGUAUUCCGCAGUAUUUGCAAGAUGGGUAUGAAGGAAGGUAAUGAUGAGGUGACAAAAAAGAAGCGGAUAUUGUCUCUUGAACUUCUGCAGGUUGUAUAG